CUGCGCGUGUUUCGCGGUGCCUGGAAGCCGGUGCUUUAAUCUCCCUGCGCUCGGGGGCCCAGGUCGGCAUGGGUCGCUCCGGCAAGCUGCCGUCCGGUGUCUCGGCUAAGUUGAAACGCUGGAAGAAGGGGCACAGCAGCGACAGUAACCCCCCCACCUGCCACCACCGCCAGGCCGCCCGCAGCCGCUUCUUCAGCCGGCCCUCAGGAAGGAGCGACCUGACCGUAGAUGCCGUGAAGUUGCAUAAUGAGCUGCAGUCAGGAUCCCUGCGUCUGGGCAAAAGCGAGGGGCCAGAGACGGCCAUGGAUGAAGAGGUGACGCCGGCCCUCACCGAGCAGUCCUCGGGCACCUUUCUGAGCGGCCUCUCCGACUGCACGAACGUCACCUUCAGCAAAGUGCAGCGCUUCUGGGAGUCCAACUCUGCCGCCCACAAGGAGUACUGGCUGACUCCUGCCAGUGACAGCCGCCGAUGUUUUGUAUGAUGUGUCAUCUCUGCUACUCUGCCCAUCCAUUUGUUACCCCUCCUGGGGCAGGUUCCACUCUUUGCUUUUUCUAACAAUAUGUUAAUGACCUUAGAGUAGCAAUGUUUUCCAAAUAUUGAUCUUUCAGCUAUACCUUAUACCGGACUUUUUACAUAGCAUACUUUGAGAACCAUUUGCUGGCAGUUCUCCUGUGCUUAUGACUAUCCAGAUGUUUCUUUUGACACACCUUUUCCCUUUGCAAAGCAGCAGAGGCAGCUCUUUCUGUUCAAGUAGCUUCUCCUUUCCUU